UGUUGUUGUUGGGAGGUUGCUAUUUCCAACCUGGAGAGGAGCGUCUCUUCUCAAAGCGUCUCUCUCUUCCGCCCCGAGGAAAGUGUGUGGAGCCCCUCGCUCUCUCAGCCCUGGAGGGAAGUCUCUCGAGGAGCCUGGCCUUUCUCUCGGGGAAGGUGGGGAAAGGCGUGGACAGAGAAGAGCCUUCUUCUCAAAGGAAAGCCUUGCAGCGGCCUCACCGAGGAGCAGCGGAGGAAAGGAACUUCUGCUUCUCCGCGCAGGAGGAAACCAGAGAGAAGAAAGGGAGGAGGAAGACGCGGAGGAGGCGCCCGCCUUCAAUGCUCAGCCUUAAGGGCUGGAGGUCCAUUUGUCGGUGGCGCCGCUAGAAGCCAAGCCAAAGCCAUGGCCGGAGGGGCGGCGUGGGCGGCGGCGUGGCUGCUGUCCUCUCUGUCCUGGACGGCGCUAGCUUUGGCUUCUUCUUCUCCUCCCCCUUCUCCGCCUGUCCUGUCCUUCCCCUCCGCCAUCGACAGCCUGGCCGUGGCCGGGGGGAAGCUGCUGGUGGCCAGCGGGCCGUGCUGGUACGAGGUGUCGCCCUCGCUGUCCUCCAAGGCGGUGGGCCGGUGCCAGGAGGCGCGGAACGCCACCAACUCGCUGCUCCUGCCCUUCGGAGACGAGAGCCGCCUGCUGCUGACCUGCUGGACGCGCCCGGGCUGCCUCUGCCUCUUGGAGGACCGCGUCCUGGGCCCCGGCGCCAGCCAGACCUUCGGGCAGGAGCUGGUGAGCGCCUUGCCGGGCGUCUCUUCCGCGGGGCUGAUGCUCUUCAACAACCGGAGCGGCGGGGAGUGGUUCCUGGUGGUGGCCACCAGCCACAAGCGCCCCGACGGCCCCGCCUCCGCCUGCGGAGACUCGGGCAGCAGCCUGGGCCUGAGCGUCGCCAACCACGCCGUCUUCAUCGUGGGCGAGCGAAAGAGGAAGGUCCUCGAUGGGCAGGUGCUCUCCGUGGCCGGCGAGCAGUUCCUCAACUUCUCCGCCGCCCUGCUCUGGAAGGGGCUCUACUUCUUCCCCUACUUCCACCGCAACCUCAGCCUGGAGCCCAAGAUGUUAGUGGUCGAGCAUAAACUGGCCGACAACCAGCUCAGCGCGCUCGGGCAAGCCGCCCUGCGCUGCGGGGACCGGGGGCGCAUCCUCUCCUCCUCCCUCCUGGAGCCCCGCGGCCUCUGGGUCGGGCUCUUCGGGGCGGCCCAGGAGGGCGAGCCCGGGGCCACGGCCGUCUGCCUCUUCCCGCUCCAGCGCAUCCGGAGGGAGAUUCAAGCCUGCCGCUUCAACGGCGAGACCAAGGAAUUCCCGGAGCUUUGCACUGUCCCUGCCUGGCCAUUAAAUAACUUAACUUCCCUGAAUCACUCCAGCUUGGUGUCAGUUUAUGCUACUGUAGUUUUGAACAAGACAGUUUUGUUUUUGGGGACGACAAAUGGACAAUUACUGAAGGUUAUUCUUGAUGACCACAUGAACCCAAAUUGCCCAGAGAUUUUAUAUGAAAUUAAAGAAGAAUCGGCAGUUUUUCAUCAACUUGAAUUUGACCCUGUGAAUGAGGAUUACAUCUAUCUGCCAUCUAAUAAUAAGAUAAGAAGAAUUAAAGUUGCAAAUUGCAGCAAAUAUAUCUCGUGUAAAGAAUGUUUAUCUGCAUUGGACCCACACUGUGGAUGGUGCUAUUUAAACAGCAGCUGCACUUUAAAAGGAGAAUGUCCAUUUUCAAAUAAGUCCUUUCACUGGGCAAGCAUUUCAUAUGGAACAGAUAAAUGCCUGAAAAUCUACACAUCUAAUCUUGACAGAGGUGAGAUUUCUGUGACAGCCAGUGGAGGGUCUUUCAGACUUUCUGAAGGUCGUUCCAGUUGCACAAUGAAAAAUGCAAAGACAGACAUAAUUCUUUGUGAGAGGAAGAAUCCAGGCAUCAACUGCUCCUGCCAGCUGAAGAGUGCAGACCUCAGAGAUAAAGUUCAAGUAUCACUCAUCUCUGGUUCUUGGCAUUUGACAGAAAUACUUGAAUUUUAUAAGUGCUCAUCACAGAAAACAUGCUCCGAAUGUAAUCGAUUUAACUGUACCUGGGAUGCUAGAGAAAACAAAUGCGUUGAUAUCCCUGAGAUCUGCAAAAGAAAGGUUGACUGUAGUAAGAUUAUCAGUACAUCAACCAGCAUAUCAUCAAAGCCCAUGAAUAUUGCUUCCAUUGAACCAGCAUGGAUAUCAACACUAGGCAAAAGUGAAGUGCUCGUUAUAGGAGAAAAUUUCACAGGAUCAAACAUUUUGAUGCAGAUAACUGGAACCAGUAGCUGCAGACCAGUAGAGAUACCUGUCACUGAGGUGCUAAAUCGUACACACAUGAAAUUCUGUUUACCGCCGAGUCGCAAAGAAGUCAAGAGCGUAUGCAUAAAGGAAAUUGGAGCAAAGUGUUCACGCUCUGUGCCACUGCAUUAUCUGUCUCUCCCAGAAUGUUCCCAAAUCAUUCCAAAUAUUACAUGGAAGAGUGGAGGACGCAACAUGUCCAUACAUGGCAAAUACUUGAAUAUUACAGAUUCAGUUCUUAUUUUAGAUGACCAAAGAGAAAUGCUGGCUAACUUCACAUGUGAUCAAAAUAGUAUAUGUAAUUUUACCAUGCCAGCUGUGAAGUCUGAAAAAAGGACUAAGAUGGCUACUGUUGUCCUUCAAGUUGAAAAGAAGCCAGUAACUUGCAUUACAUUUCAAUACGAACCCGAUCCUGAAUUUGCUUACUAUGAAAUUACAGUUGAUUUGGAACCUGACUUGGAGUUAAAAAUAUAUAAAAAAAAUGACAAAUUAAAUAUUUCAACUGAUGAAAUGAAAGUUUUUCUCUCUCGCAUGGUUAACAACAAGUUAAUGAAUAUAACUGUCGACAUCCAAAAAAUUUCCAACUCCACAGAUUAUAGUAUUAUACACGGCAAAGCCAAACAGAAAGGGAAUUCUAGUAGCAAGAUGGAUAAAUCCAAUGUGAAAGUGUAUGUCAAGUUGGGACACUUGGUGCGAGAAGUUCCAAAGAAGUCAUCCAGCACCUGGUACUACUACAUUCUUUUGCUAAUUCCUAUAGUAUUUGUAGUUGCAUUUGUUGUGACUCAACGAAAAUCGAAGCAGUUAAAUAGAAAAAUGAGUGAACAGCUGGAGCUUCUGGAAUAUGAACUUCGUAAAGAUAUACGUGAAAGAUUUGCUGAACUACAAAUGGAACAGCUGGAAGUGGUUGAUAAUUUUGGAACGGUUCCCUUCCUUGACUACAAACAUUUUGUUCUUAGGACUUUCUUCCCAGAGCCUGGAGCCAAUGCCUUUAUUUUUAUUGAAGACUCUAAUGAACCACAUAGAAGAAAUCCAGAUCAAAAGGAUGAAAUCAUUACAAAAUUAUCGAAGUUGAUUUGUAACAAAAAAUUUCUUGUUAGUUUGAUUCACACUCUGGAAAAACAGAAAACCUUCUCUGUAAAAGACAGAUGCCUAUUUGCUUCUUUCUUGACAAUUGCACUACAAACAAACCUUGUGUACUUAACCGAUAUCCUGGAACUUUUGACAAGAGAUUUGAUGGACCAGUCUAGCAAUAUACAACCCAAGCUAUUGCUAAGGCGUACAGAAUCUGUGGUAGAAAAGCUGCUGACAAAUUGGAUGUCUGUUUGCCUUUCUACUUUUCUUCGGGAAACCGUUGGGGAAGGAUUCUAUUUGCUUGUGACUACCCUAAACCAAGGGAUAAUGAAGGGUCCUGUGGAUGUGAUAACUUGCAAGGCCUUGUACACUCUAAAUGAAGAUUGGUUACUCUGGCAAGUAACUGAUUUUAAAACAGUGAUUUUGAAUGUUGUUUUUGAAAAUAUUCAAGAAAAUGAAAGUGAAGGCAUUACUAAGAACAUUGAAGUCAGUGUCUUGGAUUGUGACACAAUAGGACAAGCUAAAGAGAAGAUUCUCCAAGCAUUUCUAAGCAAGAAUGGCUCUCUUUAUGGUCUUCAACUCAGUGAAAUGGGCCUUGCUCUUCAGUCAGGUGCAUACACAAAAGAACUUCUAGAUGUAGACAGCUCCUCGGUGACUCUGGAAGAUGGGAUUACCAAACUGAACACCAUAGGCCAUUAUGAGAUUUUCAAUGAAGCAACUAUUAAAGUCUUUAAGAAGGAAAAAACAGUUCUCUCAGGGUGCUCAGAUGAGGAAUACUCUGAUGCCUAUUGCCACCUCAUAUUGCCAGACUCAGAAGCAGUGAAAGACGUACAAGGCACAAAACAUAAAGGCAAACAAAAAUUUAAAGUGAAGGAAAUGUAUCUCACCAAACUCUUAUCUACAAAGAUUGCAGUUCACUCAGUUGUUGAGAAACUCUUCAGAAGCAUUUGGACUUUGCCUAACAAUAAAGCUCCAGUUGCUAUCAAAUAUUUUUUUGACUUUUUGGAUGCUCAGGCUGAAAACAAAAAGAUUACAGAUCCUGAUGUACUCCAUAUAUGGAAAACCAACAGUCUUCCUCUGCGGUUCUGGGUGAAUAUAUUGAAGAAUCCUCAAUUUGUUUUUGAUAUUAAAAAGACUCCUCAUAUGGAUGGCUGCCUGUCAGUAAUUGCACAAGCCUUUAUGGACUCCUUUUCUCUGUCAGAACAACAACUAGGAAAGGAAGCACCAACAAAUAAACUCCUCUAUGCUAAGGAUAUCCCACGUUACAAAGAAGAGGUUAAAGCUUUCUACAAAGCAAUAAAGGAUUUGCCUCCCUUAUCCACUUCAGAGAUUGAAGACUUUUUAACUCAGGAAUCAAAGAAACAUGAAAAUGAAUUUAAUGAGGCUGCAGCCUUAAUGAAAAUCUACCAAUACAUUGCAAAAUACUUUGAUGAAAUACUGAAUAAAUUGGAGAAAGAACGAGGACUGGAAGAAGUUCAGCAACAGCUUCUGCAUAUAAAAAGUUUAGUUGAAGAAAAGAAAAAAUGCAAAUGGGAAAAGUCGGUGAUAAAAUGUGUAGUGUGGCAAAUUGUCUCCUCUGAAAAAGCUACAAGGACAAUCCCUCUAGUUUAGGAAUGUAAGUGUGCCGAAUCACAAUAAAUGUAUUAUAAACUA